ACUAAAUCAAAACUAAAAUUUUUAACAGGGCUUUGAUUGAAAAAAGGAGGGAAUAUGAAUAUCGUCUUGUCAGAACUACCAAGAGGAAAGCUGAUUACAUUAAUUCUAUAAAAUAUGAAAUGAAGCUGCUGGAUUUAUUAAAGAUCAGACGAAAGGAAAUGCGUGUGCAUGAAAAAUUCAAAGAAAUUGAAGGUGUUAUUCACCUCCGGGUCAUGAAACGUUGUCGUUUCAUGACACGCUACUGGCAAGGUCAUCAUGAUACAUGGGCCUUGAGAAUCAAUUUUGCACGUGCUAUAGGCUGGAAUUCAGAGGCAAGUAUUGCUUAUGCUGAGCAGAUUCAUUAUCAUGGACAACUUGAAAGUGUGUAUGUUGAAUGGGCAAAAUUUGAGGUUGAGGAAAGGAACAAUUUUGAUGGUGCAAGAAAAAUACUGCUGUCCAAAGCACCUCUCUAUCAUCCAAAGUCUUGUCUCAUAAAACGUGAGCUUUUUCGUCUAGAACUUUUAUAUGUAGAAUCACUCAAGAAGAAACAGACAGAGGGCAAAGCUAUCACUGAAGUUAUUGAAGAAAGUCGUGAAAAGGUUUUGCAGUGCGAAAUUCCUCGUGCAAUUUACUGUGAGGCUAUCAAGAUGAUUCCUGAUCAGCAGCUAUAUUUAGAUCUAUACCAAGUAGCUGAUAAGUUCCCUUUUGCUCAUGACCUUCGAGAAGAAAUAUACAGAGAUCUGGUUAAAGUCUUCCCCAAUUCUGAAAGUGUAUGGAAGCUUAAAGCACAGAGGGUUGUUGUGGGUAUUGAGUCUGAUAGCUCUGCAAAGGAAGGGGUUGACUGUGAGAAAUCUGAAGAGACUAAAGAUGAAGAUGAUUCAGAUUCUGAUGACAGUGAUAUUGAAUCCUUUAUGAAGAGUCCAGUGAUAGCAGUGGACAAGCUGAAGGUAGCCAUAUCCAUUUAUGACAGGGCACUUAAAGCAGUUGGACCAUCUUUUUUGGCUACAUAUAUUGAUGAAUUAGUGCUCAUGUUAAGAGAUGGUUGGAAUACCCAAGUAGUGGAAAUUGUAACAAAGAAGCUUUUUGAGCUUUUUGAAUCCAAUAAGAAAUUGCUACUUCCCCUACAUUAUGUUAUUUGGGUCCAGCUAUUACAGAGGCAGAAAUAUUCAAAAGAGUUCAUUGGCCAAGUUUUAAAAGAUGCUGUUGAAACUCAUCCAGGUUCACCUCCACUGUGUGUUGAGUACCUCAAGACUUUGUUGUUGAGAGAACUUCGUAAUGGCAUUAAAGAGGUUCCCAAAGAAAAAGAUAUGAGGAGAUUCAAAAUCAUAGCAAAAACUGCAAAAGGAGCGUAUGCUGUUAAAAUAUGGGAAGAAUUUAUAAAUUCAGUAAGAGAUAGAAAGACAAAAGUCAAACAGUAUAUUGAGGCCUGUGAAGUGAAUGAUGAUAUAGUUGCAAGAGAGAUGCGCAUCAAGUACCUAGAUUGGCUUAACCAACAUACACCAAUCAAGAAAGUCAGGGUAGCAUAUGAGUUUUACCGUAUGAAACCACCAAUAUGUGGUCGAAUCUUUGCUUUAAUGGUUAAAGGUGAAUUGACAAAGAAAUGUGCAAAACUCGGCCAUGCCCGAAAAGUAUUUAAAGAGGCUUCACGUUUCCUGGGAAAGACUCAUCCUGAUUUUUGGCUGACAUAUGUCUACUUUGAAAAGUUUGCCAGUGAUUUGAAUGUUGGGGCCGUUUAUACCAAAGCAGAAAAGGAAUUGUUGCCAAAGGAAGCAGAGACAUUCAGACAAUUGGAUGCUUUUGUUAAAAAUUUUAUAAACCAGUCAAAGCAAUCUUCAGAGGAAAAGGCUGCUGGUAGUGAGCCAGAGACUGUUUGGUUGACAGAAGAGAAGAUUGAAGAACCUGAAGAACACAAAGAAGCUAAUAUUUCCUUGUUCCCAGAUGGGUAUAUGUUAACAUAUACUUAUGAUAAGGAGCGUAAAGCUUUCUUCAAAGUAAUUCAUGAUAUGAAGAGAUUACUAGAAACAGGAUAUGAGAUCAGUAGAAAAGGCAGUGAUUGGGAAGACGUAAUGAAACAUCUUGUUGGGAUUAAAGUACCUUUGGUGAUUCAGAAAGUGACUUUGAAGAAUUCUCCACCCACAGAAGAUUUCUCCAAUAUAACAGUUGACAAGAAAAAGAAAAAGAAAUAUGAACUUUCAGAUAAACUGAACCCUGGUAAUAAAAAACGUAUUGCUAAAAAAUCAGCUACCAAUGAUUUAGAUGCUAUCUUGCAGAAAUCAUCAACCUUAAAACCAGAGUUCAUGCAGCAAACAGAGAUAGCUCCUUACCAUGUUCCAAAGGCUAAGGCCAAGGCAAUUCGCAAGAAAGAACGAGAGAAGACUAAGGGUCCAGGUUGGUUUGAUAUGAAAGCUCCUGAGAUAACUGAAGAAGUUAAACGUGACUUAGAGGUCCUUCAGAUGCGUCCAGUAUUGGAUCCAAAGAGACCCUACAAGAACAAGGAUUUGAAGGUUUUGCCGAAGUACUUCCAAAUGGGAGAAAUUCAGGAUUCUCCUGCUGAAUUUUAUUCAUCACGCAUUCCCAAUAAGAAGCGGAAGCGUACUAUGGCAGAAGAAAUUUUGAAUGAUGAAGAAGCACUUGGAUAUCAGAAACGCAAAUAUAAUGAAAUUAUCACCAAAAAACAAAAGCUGGAGCCUAGCUGGAAGGCAGAAAAAGGAAAGAAGAAAAAGAAGAUAACUAAGAAGGUGAAAAAAGGUGUCUGAAUUGAUAUUUUAAAUAAAAUGUUUAGUGGUCUCUUGUUGUUUAUACUUUAGAUUGUAGUCAUCCUUAUCUUUUGUUUUUGUAAGUAAUUGACUCAAUUAGGAUAACAUGUAGAAAUAGAUAAGAAGGGCUUUUUGUAUUAUUUUGUGAACUGAAGAAAAUUUGUAUUUAAUGUGCAAAUUUUGUUUUAUAAAAUAUGUAAAAUCAGAA